CACAGUCUAACAACCGCCACCAUGACUACGGCACACAGGCCCACGUUCGAUCCCGCACAAGGAAAGGAGGCCCUCCGCGGCCCUGCGUACCAUCAACGUCUUCUCCCGGCUUACACACACCUGAAGACACGUCAAUUCGGUCAGGGUAGUGAAGUCGAAACUCAGCAACGCGAUCUGCGCGCCGAGCUGCUCCAGGCGGAGGCUGCUCAUUUCGCCAAGAAGAACGGAGUUCCCGUGGAAGAGCCCAAAGUCGAGACCGCCACGCCCAAGCGCCAGUUGGAAGGUGGUUCACCCGGUGGUGAUGCAAAGACAGAGGAAGAAGAUCCAGAAGCCAAACGACGACGAAUACUAGAGGAAACUCGAGACAUAGAUGCAGAUUCUGAUGAGUCGGAAGAGGAUAGCAGCGAGGACGAAAGUGACGAUGAAGAGGACGAGGCUGCCGAAUUGAUGCGCGAGCUGGAGAAGAUCAAGAAAGAGAGGCUCGAGCAGAAAGAGAAAGAGGAACGCGAGCGUGCUGCACAAGAAGAGGAGCAACGCGAAGUCGAUAUCGCACGAGGCAACCCGCUGCUUAACCCCCAAGACUUCAAUGUGAAGCGUAGGUGGGAUGACGAUGUUGUGUUCAAGAACCAGGCCCGUGGUACAGAAGAUAGGAGGGGCAAGGAGUUUGUCAACGAUCUGUUGCGAUCGGACUUCCACAAGAGAUUUAUGUCGAAAUACGUCCGCUAAGCUCGUGCCCGAGAAACACACGCACUCCUUACAGCAGUCAACCCGACGACUAUUGUCCUAUCCUAGAGUUGUCAUUCGAUCUCACUCAUACCAGAUCCAGCAUCGUGGUAGAAACAACUUCCAUGGUAGCAUGCGAAUAGAGAAGCAGCACAAGCAUAUGCUUCCCAAUACAGCACAGGAAGAAAGCGCGACGACAAGCGAAAGAGUGAAUGGGUGAUCUAACACAUGGCGCUAUCAUAUUUCUU